UUUGUGUACACAAGGAAAAAGAAGCCUAGCUGGCCAAUGCCAGGACCACGUCGAUUUCCGUGAAACCCCCUAUCAAUUACCACUACUGCUUCUUGAUUUCUGUAUAGCCCAUCACUCUGGUAACCAGGGAGUAAACAAACAGGUGGUUUGGUUACAGUCAUACGCAUGGGUGAGAGAAUGAGAAUAUUUAUUUAAUUUUAUUAGAGAAAUUAAUGUAGGAUGAAUUGGUUUUCUUGCUCUAUGGAUUACAUUCGAGUGAAGGAGAAGCAGCCUCAAAAUACUGAAAAUUUACAAGAAACAAACUUGGACAGACUCAGCUAUCUUUCAGCGGAGAUUUUAGACUUCAUCCUUGAGAAAUUACCGAUGAAGGAUGCAAUUAAGACAAGCAUCUUAUCGAAAGAGUGGAGAUAUAAUUGGUGUUCAGUUUCACAGCUAACAAUUGACUGGGAUGGUAGAAAAGGCAUAUGGUAUCUGAUUAGCUCAACUAUCAAUCAAUACCUACUUAACCACGAUGGGAACAUUGACAAGUUGAGUUUCAGAAGCAGAUAUAUCUACUCGGAUCGAACAUAUUUUUAUUGGAUUGACGUUCUAUCAAGGAAAGGUGUUAGGGAGUUGGUUUUUGAGAUGCAGUACAGUCUCUGUACUCUCACGUUGAUUUGUUCACUGUUUGCCUGUCAACAAUUGAAUCACUUGCAGCUCUUCAAUUGUGAAAUCAAGCUUCCUGAAAUGUUCCAAGGAUUCAAGUUUCUUGCCUCCCUCAACCUCCAUCCUGUUCGAAUAUCUCAAAAUGAUCUUGAAAGGGUAAUCCUUGACUGCGCUGCUCUUGAGAGAUUGACCCUGCUAAGCAUUCCUAAGUUGGGGCAUCUUAAAAUUCAUGCACCAAACCUUAAAUACCUCAAGUUUAGUUCCUCUUCAAAAAGUGGAUUCGGUCUUGAAAAUACUCCACGUUUUAAAAAUUUUUAG